UAUUUUUUAUUUUUCUAACUAGGUUCCUUCAAAAUACUUCCCCUAUUUUUCACAUAAAUGUAGUUUUUUGGCUAUGAAUUAUAAUUAAUCACCUUUCCCAGUUACAGUGUUAUUAAAAAUAUUUAUCAGAGUUUUAUCACAACAUUCGUUUGGGUCAAAUGCUUUUUAAAACAGCAAGGUCACAGCAAGAACAGCAAAAAUUAGAAACUGGUGGGGUUUUCUUUCUUGGUCACUCGUAGCACACUCGUAGCUAAUAAAAUGGCUUUGCUUUAUCACAAAAUUGUAACUGCUGUCUUGUGAAAUCAUGCAUGUUCUUUCCAAGUCAAAUACACGUGGUGUAGUCACUGUAUAAUAGGCCUUCUUGUGACUUUGAGUUUUACAGCACCUCUGGAGGGCGACACUUUAAACUUCAUGUCCCCAGUAGGUGUUCAGCUUUCUGUAGACACUGAUCCUGGGCCAGAUUUGAAGCAUCACCUUCGCCCUACAAACUAGCAUAAAUUCAGCAUCUGAGACGCAGAAUCUGAUCCCAGUUCAUCGAAGAAACCGGAACGUGAGGAGCUCAGAUUGAGGCGUAAAGCUGAACAAGCGCACAUGCUUGGUGCCCGAGCUGCUUCAUUUCUGACAGACUCAAGCUAGAACCAAUCAGAAUUACGCUAGGACAACAAUUGUCCAAUGAACGCCCGUUUUACAGUUUCUAAGGCGGGACUUCCGAGUGGGUGUGUGGAGACGGUAGGAAGAGGAGGUCAAAUGCACUACAAGAGUUUUGAAAAACAUGAGGCUUUCUCCUGGAAAGAUACACAGGUAGAUCAUUGUGUUGGCGUUUAAUUAAACGAUAUAGUUUACAGUUCCGUUAUCAGAGUUUGAAUUCAGAAGUAAGUGCAGCGGUGUUGGUUGUGGUUUGUCCGUGUCGUACUAGUCAGCAGGAGACAGAUAACGUUAGCUAAUGCUAACGGUAACGUUACAUGUCGCGUGUGCGUAGACAGCUCGAUAACAGAUUAUCAUCUGUAUAAAGGUUAUGCAUGGUGCAUCUCCGCAAGCCAUUAGCUUUAGCUGCGAAGUUCGUUAGCUAACUACUACACUUUGACGUUUACUUGUCUUUGGGAAGUUGUGUCACGGUCACAGCUGUCAUGUUUCACUCUGUACCCCGUCGUCCGAUCUGCGAGAUCGGUGUAAAUACAAUGAGGCUUCAGAGCGGCAGGUCCUUCAAGCGGACUGCUGAGGGGGCCAGAGGGAAGCUUGAAGGGGUCCCAUGGCUGGGCAGGAGCAUGGGCCUGCUGUUGUCCUGGCUCCAGAGGGCAGGUGUCGGUGCAAGCGAGGCCGCAGGAUCAAGCCAAAAGAGGAAGGGAUUGCUCUCCAUAUUUGCAGACCACUGCGGCUUUGUGACCGGACAGAGGCUCCGGCGUGCUUGCCAGAUCGGCGAACUUUACUCCAACCUGUACUCCGAGCGGACAAGGUGGACCCUAGUUGGUAACAUAUGGCGCAGAUUUCAGAGCAAGCACCCCCCUACUGGGAGACUCUUCGCGGCCCUGACUGGUAUCUUCAUGUGGGAGAAUGAGAAGAUUCAAGAUGAAGAAAUUCACAGGAGUGGACUUGAGCUCGAGGCGCUGGAGGCUGUAAAAUGUCUGAACACAUCUUCAGGGACAGUGGCCAGACAGCAUGACUCCGGCUGGGAAGUUGUGAUAGACAAAAAAGGCUUCAAAGUGUGGAAGCGACCAAUACCCAACAGUCACCUCUAUGAAUACAGAGUGUUGGGCUCCUACAGUGACGUCACCCCAAGGCAGUUCUUCAAUGUACAGUUGGAUACAGAGUACAGGAAGAAGUGGGAUGCUCUGGUUAUUAAGCUUGAAGUGGUGGACAGAGAUGUCGGGACCGGCUCUGAGGUUGUGCACUGGGCUACACACUUUCCUUAUCCCAUGUACUCGAGGGACUAUGUGUACGUACGCCGCUAUGAUGUUGAUGUAGAAAACAACUUGAUGAUCCUGGUGUCCAGAGCUGUGCAGCAUCCCAGGGUCCCAGAGACACAGGAAUUUGUAAGAGUGCAUUCAUACCAGUCAAAGAUGGUGAUCCGUCCUCACAAGUCCUUUGAUGAGAAUGGAUUCGAUUACCUGCUGACCUACAGUGACGAUCCUCAGACUGUCUUUCCCCGUUACUGUGUGAACUGGAUGGUGUCAAGCGGCAUGCCUGAUUUCCUGGAGAAGCUGCAUACUGCUGCCUUGAGGGCCAAGAACUUGGAAGUAGGGAUCUACGACUACGUAGGCGUCAUUAAAUCCAGUGACAACAACCGCCAGCAGAGCCAGGAGCGCCUCGGUGGAGAAAAGCCACACACAGGUGGCCCUGGACAGAUCUACGCUUGAGAUGGACAUUUUAUAGACACCAGGGGUUAUGGUGGUGUGUUUUCACGUGCACUUAAACCUCAAUCAAACCCUCCAGCCCCAGCUUUAUGGGUAGAUUGCAUGAACUGCAAAAGGAAAUUGCAACCUACUUUAAAGACAAAUACAGUAUGUCCAUGGUUAUAUUGGUUGUCGAUGAGCUGUCACAAGAGCAACUGUACAGCAUUACUGUCCUUUGGGGAAAAUGUUGCCAUAGAAGUUUUCAUCCAGACCGCUGGCAUUGGCCCCAUUUUUUUAGCCAAGCAAUGCAAUGUGGCAUUUUUUGCCUCCUUUGCUAAUGAUGUGUGUCUUUGAACCGUUGGUAAGAUCAAGCCAAAAUUCCUAAUUGUAGAGAUGCUUUUGCCAAAAUGCUUCCCCUCAUUUUAAAGUUCUACGUCUUGUCUUCCAUUAUUCGACAAGACCUGAUUUAAAAGCUGCUUAGACCACCUGCAGCGACAUUACAAGUGUCUGUCGUGUGAUUUCAGCGAGAUUUUGUGGAAAAAUUCUGCAGUAUUUGGACAAAGAGCGGUAAUGGAGUGGCUUCUGAUAGAUAUCAUCACUGAAACAUGAAACCAAGACUUUCUGCACCGACUGACGAAGAACUGAGGCCUCUGUGGGGAACACUUCCUACCAUGUUUCAUGGAUUUAAACAAACUGGUUUAACUGUUUGCUUGCAGCAUGAGUGAUUGGCCUUCACGUGUAUGGAAGAGAUGGAUUAAAAACAACACCUAAUGAUGCCAUUAUUUGAAGAUUUGUCCACAGAAUUGAAAAUGAGACUUUAGGGCUUAUUUGUGUUUUGGGGAUGCCAUUGUUCUGCUGCCAGCACAGUCGAGUUUUCACGCUGUUCAUCUCACUGCAUCUGUUCGAAACUGCCAGCGUUGACAAAACAGCCUUCUCAAGAUGAACCAGUCCUUCAGCACUAGGGGCAUAGUGUCUUAUAACAACCACACAAAUCCUCAGAUACAAGGGUACUGAUGCACUUCAGUUUAUUUACACUAGCAAGGCAACCUAACACAGACACAUUUUAAUAUACCAGUGCCCCUAUUUAGAACUUGAAGCACUUGUGCACAUAACAAUCCAUUUGCAUUUCAUAUGAGUUAAAAACAUUAAGAUUUCCCAUUUCAGCUCAGAAAUUCUUAUUAUUCUGGUGUCCACAACCGGUGUAGCAGACAUCACUCACUGUUGGAAUUUUGGGUGUUUGUGUUUUCUUUGUUACUGUAGAUUUGUUUUUCUUUGUUACUGUAGAUCUUGUACAUUCAUAACCAUUGCCUCAAUACUGGAGUACAACAAGCUCUGCAACAUUGUUUGUCUUCAUCAUGAUUCUUUAGUUUGUGUUAUUAAUGUGGCUCCUACUGAAACUCCCUAGAAUUCAUCCUUCUAAAUCAUCCCUGUUUGUUUUGUAAUUAACCGUUUGCAGGGUGUGUUAUGAAUGUACGAAGAGCUCAACAUUCUGUGAAAUAAAACAUCGCCUAAUGAAAUAAACUGUUUACAGCCUGACAAUCUGGCGCCAAUAUCUUGAAAUCCCUUUGUGUUUAAAAACAUCUCAUGUACUAAAGUGUAAUGUCAUAUUUGUACAUCAGAGUGAAUCAGCUGCAGUAACUGUCUCAUAAUAAAGCAGUACAGAGGGAUCCACUUUUGUGAAGAUCCUACAUGUUUGAGUGUUGAAAAAUAAUAUAUCCCCACUGUGUCAAAAAUAUGUAUAAUUCUACUCUGAAGUGAAGUCUUUCCAGCUGUUUGAUAAAACAAAAAUGGCAGUGUAAGAUGUUGAAAGUUUGAGGGAGGAAACUAAAUGCUUGUUUUUGAUAUUUAGCUUUUGUGUGUUCAAAUAAAACGGAGGAAAAAGAUAAUUCAAUAAACAUUAUGCAAUGUUUGCUAAUGUACAGCUUGAGAAUGUAACUGUUAAUGCUCUGUCAUUUGUAUAGACACCUGCGUGCCACCUGCAGUAGUCUAAAAGAGUUCUCACUUGCUGUCUUUUUUUAUUUCUGCAGGAAGUAUAACUUGUUGUGGUUAGCUACCACAUGAGAAUUACAGUAGGAACAAGAAUUACUGUGUGGAUAUGAGAUUAUGCACGUGUUACUGUGAUUUCAAGAGUGAUUGAAAAGAGAGCGUCUAAUCAAAUCAAAUAAACAUCUUCAUGUGAA